AUGUCUCUCCAGAAAAACAAAAUUGAACCGUUGUUGGACAAUUUGCAAAGCAUCCAAUCAAACCUCGACGAGUAUUUACCAGCCGCUUACUGUUUUAUACAAGCACAAAAGGUCCAUUUCACCCCUAUUGAAAAAGAUGAAAACGAGGGGAGGGACGACAAUACCGACAGCUCCGUCGUUAUAGCACUAGAAAACGAAAGGUUGCCCUUCAAUGUUAACGUGUUCAAAAAUGGUAUAGCAUCAAAAGUAGAUGCCGAUUUCUUGCCAGAUAAGUUGUAUUUGAAAAAUAAAAACCUUCUUUAUAGCCUCAACAACCCGUCUACAUCUGAUGUAGAAACUGAGAGCAAUGGAAAUAGCUUAUUGGUACCGUCAAUGUCAAUGUCAACGUCAACAUCUGGAACUUUGAAUUCUGAUCAUUUAAAUUCGUCUUUGCCGUUUGAUUCAAAGUCGAGAUCAAGAUCUCCAUCUCCAUCUCCCUCUCCACCAGCUACUUGCGCCGACAAUAUGACAAGCUCUUUAUAUUUGCCGAAAAUGGUGAUCAAUUUGACCGAAAAUUUGCAAACAGAGUUUCAACAGUUGAAAAGAUUGAUUUUAAAAGUGUUCCCUCGGUGGCACAAUGAGAAUAAGUUGAAAUUAAAACAACUUACUGGCGGUAUCACAAAUAUGCUUUUAUCGUGCGAAUAUGAUGGCACAACAACAAUUCUUAUCAGAGUUUACGGCCACGGAACAAAUCUCAUCAUCGACAGACAUCGCGAGUUUAUUUCUCAUCUUAUAUUAAACUCCAUCGGCCUCGCACCGCCUGUUUACGCACGGUUCAAAAAUGGAUUGAUCUACGGGUUUCUUCAUGGAAGAUCCCUCAAGCCAAGCGAGCUCAGCAAUCCCCGGCUAUAUCCAUUGGUUGCUCAACAAUUGGGCAAUUGGCAUAAAUCCUUAAACUACACGUUGAUCGAGGAAGGCGUUGAAAAGAUACGAGCUUUGAGACUCAGCUCACGAAGAAACUCGUUUAGCAAAAAGAAAUCGUCGAAAAAGAAGAAAAGGUUCAUUUCAAAUAUUUGGGAAUUGAUUGACGAUUGGAUCGAAAUCGUGCCAGUAAACCCGGAACUAAUUGCUUCUUUUCAACAGCAUCUCAACAUCGAAGUCAACGAACUCAACUUGAAAGAUGUGGUAAAAGGAGAGUUCCAUUGGUUACAGAAAACCCUCGAAGCUGUCAAUUCACCAAUAGUCUCUUCCCAUUGCGAUUUGUUAUCGGGAAAUAUAAUUGUUCCAGAAGACUACAACGAGAAAGUUUACAGUUACGACAACGACAACGACAACGACGACAACAACAACAACAACACACCACUACCAGACGUGGAAUUUAAUCCCGUUAAAUUCAUUGACUACGAGUAUAUGUUGCCCGCACCAAGAGCUUUCGAUAUUGCCAACCAUUUCGCCGAGUGGCAGGGAUUCGAUUGUGAUCGAAGUGCAAUACCAGAGCCAAGCAUCGAUAACCCCACAAUAGUAAAAUUUUGUCAGGGGUACCUUAACAACAAUGAUAUGCUCAAGAUAGAGGAGUUGGUAAAUGAGAUUUCUAUGUUUUAUGGUCUCCCGGGUUUUUAUUGGGGUAUUUGGGCAAUGAUACAAAGUGAACUAUCGAACAUCGACUUUGAUUACGCCAAGUAUGGUAAAUCAAGAUUACAAGAAUACUGGGACUGGAAGCUGAUAAAUGAGCAGAAAUUAGACAAGUCAAUUUAA